AUGAGUCGACAAACACCCCGAAAGCCGCGACACAGCCGCCAGCCUUCGAACCGCAUACCUGCAGUUUCAGACUACGAAUCCGAUGCUGCAGCCAUACAUACCGACUACGCGCCCCCGCCUCCACGCACAAACACCGAACUCAACCUUUCCGUGCUCCAACGCUAUCUCCCCUCUAUCCACACCAUUCUCAGCAUAGCAGCCAACGCUGUCAUCUACACCUUCAACAGCACCUCUGAGAGCUGGGAGAAGUCUGGCGUGGAAGGCACUAUGUUUGUCUGCGCGCAAAGUCCAUCUUCCGAGGAUCCUGCCCAACAACCACGAGCUUGCGUGUUUAUUCUCAACAGAAGAGGACUCGACAAUGUAAUUGUUGAUCUCUCACGGGUAUCCCAUGCUGAAGUUUCUGGUGAGCUUGUCAUCAUGAAGGUCGAGGGCGACUGGGAGGAGGGCGACAAGGUCCUGGGAGUUUGGAUCCACAACGACAAGGAUGAGACGAGAGAGAUGAACGCCGCCAUUAUCCAAGAAGCUUGGAAAAUUGCGCGCUCUGCGGGUCCUGUCGAAACUACACAAGGACCUGAAGCUGGCCCCGCCAUGCAGGCGAUGGGCAGGCGACUGAGUCUAAGCGAUCUCUUUGGGACAGCGAAUGGCUUUAAUGCCGGACACUAG